CUGAGUAAAUUUGGGUAUAUAUAUGGUAUUGAAUAUGAAAAUAUCUGUGUUAAAAGAUAUACAUCAGCACUCCAAUAAUCUUUUUGUAAGGGGCUAUUUAUAGAAAUACUUGAACAUCGAAUGAUGUAUAUUCGAGUAUAUAGAUCUCCUGGCUUAUAGGGGAAAUGUCUGGGGUUUGGCAUACAUGGAGUCAGAUGGCCCUGAAAUCUUUUAAUUUGCGUGCCUUUUGGAGACAACGAUUCGAUCAUUUUAAUUAUCACGUUGGUCAAAUUUAGCAUAUUUUCUCCCACUCGUGCGGGCUCACAUGUCAGCGGACACCUCGCACAAAAUUAGGAUAUAGAUUCAUGUCUUGUAGUUUGCGGAGUCAGAGAGUCAGCAUGUUGAAGAUUUGGCGACUGAAGUUACACACUUUAAAAUUGUUAGUCGUGAAAUGUUCUAUAAGUAAUGUUUACAACAUGAGCGGCCGUGUUGUAUCAGAUAUGCAAACUCGAGCCGAAGGCGAGAGUUUGUAUAUCUGAUACAACACGGACGCGAAUAUUGUAAACAACUUAAAAACGGCUCAUCUUAUGAGUUCAUUGGCGAAGUACAUAUACAGAUACGACACGCUUAUGAUUUUUCUUUGUGUUUUCUUCAUGAAUUAUUAAUGAGUUUUUUAAGGCAGGAUACAAGGAUUGCCUUGGUUGAAAUUAAUUUUGAAAAAAAAUAUUGGGAUUGAUAUGUUCUCUAUAAAAAAUGAAUACAUUAGUACUUAUCUUCUUACUUAUGCUUGAAGAUCUUUGCUCCUGACCAGGUAUUGUACUUUCCGUACGUUGUCACACGAAACUGCAAAUGAUAAAAAUAAAAGUCAUGAAACCAACUUUAUUUGCACUGGUAGCUCUUAUUUCUUAACUCUCUGUACAAAUCAGUUCAGUUCGUAUAGCUCUCUCUUUAUUGAACUAAAUUUGUAUUAAUACUGGAUAGCUCUAUCAGUUCUAAACUGUUUUACCGUUCUAUCUUGAGGUCCAUGCAGUAAGUUGGCACUUAUAUUGAGUAGUGUUAUACUACAGGAGCUAUAGGAAACAUAAACUAAACUAACUUUAUUUAUACUGGAUAGCUCUAUCAAUUCUAAACUGUUCUCCCUAGAGGUCCAGUAAGGAUCACCUCUCAUUGAUCCAGUGUUACUACAGGAGGAAACCUAAACUAAACUAACUUUAUUUAUACUGAAUAGCUCUAUCAGGUCUAAACUGUUCUUCCUAUAGAGGUGAGAGGUCCAGUAAGGAUCAUCUCUUAUUGAUCCAGUGUUACUACAGGAGGAAACCUAAACUAAACUAACUUUAUUUAUACUGGAUAGCUUCACUGUUCUCCCUAGCUAUAUAGGUCAUGUAGGGAUCAUCUCUUAUUGAGCCAUGCAAUGUUACUGCAGAAAUAAGCCUACAUUAAACUAAGUAAAUUUUAUACAUAUAUAUAUAUAUAUAUAUAUAUAUAUAUAUAUAUAUAUAUAUAUAUAUAUAUAUAUAUAUAUAUAUAUAUAUAUAUAUAUAUAUAUAUACUGCAUGGAUAUCUCUAUCAGUUUUAAUUAAUUAAAUUAUUCUCCCAGAGGUCAAGUUUGCAAGGCCAAGGAUCGAUCAUCCUUAUAUUGGGCCAUCUUUUGAGUUUUGUAGUAAUCCGGCCUGGCUGUAUAUACAAGAAAUAUUUGCUCAUUAAUCCAUGCAUGAAAAGAACAGUUUUAUGCACUGUAAAUUUUGAAUAACUUAUCUUAAGUUAAAAAACAUUCUUAUAUAAUUGUGCAUGGCUCGACGGUAUAAUUAUUCCACUAUCUCAAAAUCAAAAAUGGGGACAAAUCUUAAAAUCUCAAAUUUUAUCUCAGAAUUAAUUUUUUUGCUUAAAUCAGAAUUAUACUCAUCAUGUCAAACGCGAAAAAAUACUUGAUGCAAUGUUCCACAGGACAAUUCUUAUAUAGCCACAAUUCGCAGUGCAAGUCUUUGUCGAGCCAAUCAAAUUUCAUGAAAACAUAAUUUACAUUGCGAAAAUUAUCCCUUGGGACAUUGCGUUUGACGUCAUUAUAUAUAUAUAUAUAUAUAUAUAUAUAUAUAUAUAUAUAUAUAUAUAUAUAUAUAUAUAUAUAUAUAUAUAUAUAUAUAUAUAUAUAAAUAUAUAUAUAUAUAUAUAUAUAUAUAUAUAUAUAUAUAUAUAUAUAUAUAUAUAUAUAUAUAUAUAUAUAGUUUUUCGUUUUACCUCAAAAAACCACAACAGUCUGUUUCAUCCGUAUAGGAAUCAUCAGGUGGUCUGAUGAUCCCUAUACGGAUGAAACAGACUGUUGUGGUUUUUUGAGGUAAAACGAAAAACUAUAUUACGCUCUAUCUAUAUGGUAUUAUAUAUAUAUAUAUAUAUAUAUAUAUAUAUAUAUAUAUAUAUAUAUAUAUAUAUAUAUAUAUAUAUAUAUAUAUAUAUAUAUAUAUAUAUAUGGCCCGCCCGGCAGACGAACAGUCCACCACGACUCAAAGUAAAAAAGUUUAUUACAAACAAACUCAGACUAAAUUUUCGACUUGCAUGCCGGAACCUUCGUCCGCGCGAUAAGGCAUCUACUUAGCUUGACGAAUGUACACAGGUUACAAUACGCAGUUAAAUUUUGUCAGCAAAACCGUGGAGCAAUAAAGUCAACAGAUUUAAAGAGCACAAACUCAAAUUAAGCGCACAAGCUGGGCAAUAGUCUUUGUUACAAAAGGUGUAAAAAUCUUAAUGCCAUUCUGGCGCUUAGAAAUGGCCAAUAUCGUCAGAUAAUAUACCCGUGCUGCGUAUAUAAUACAGUAAUAACUCGGUUACAUAUUUAAUUAAAUGAUUAUAUUAGCGCGACAUAUAUAUCCCUGUAUAGCAGAUGUUUAGAGCGCUGUACAUGACAUUGAAAAAUAAAACCCUUAAGAUCGCUCGUAUAAACAUUAUUAAAACUUCAAAAGUAUGAUUGCCAGGCCCUUGACUUGAAUUCGUUUAUUUGAAUUCCUUAUAAAGCGGCAUAAGCUAAAAUUGUCUUUAUUGGGCAGGCCACUUGAACUCGAAUGCCGAAAUGCAUGAAGCGUCUUUGCGCUAUUUUGUGACGUGUCUUUACUUAAUCUCAUUGUCCGUUGCUUUUUUGCCUAAAAUUUUUAUCAUUAAGAGGAAAAUCUUUCCCGUAGUAUAAAUAAUAUAAAUCACAGUUUCAAUCAAACGAGAUUUCACAGCGUAAAGGUGGGACAUUGUGCAAAGACAAUAAAACUGCUGGGGCAGCCAAUAACACGAAAUCGUAAGCACCUGUCAGGGGUUGGAACUACGCAUGCGCGAGCCUCUCCACCCGCGGUUACCAUAGCAACGACCUGCUUAACUGUCAGGAUAUGACAUCGCGACGAUUGGCGCGCAAGCUUUUCGAAAUGUCAUAUAGCAUAAAACGCCAAACUGCUUCAGGAUCGCGCACAGAAUCCACACAUCGUUGAGUAAAGAGGAUUUGAAUAUAUCCAGAUAAUGCCGAAAUCGUUCUUGGUCAAAACCGCAAAGCGUAGCCACGGAAUGGCUCAAAGUGCACUUCACGGCACUAUUAACCAUGGUAAGGCUUGGAUUUAUUUCUUACUAUACAGAUUCAAUACUUAAUUUUAGUCUUAGGGCACAAAGUCUCGAAAUCAACGCCCCCCAAAAACGCAAUCUUAUCGAGGUUCGAUAAAAAGUUCAGAUUUUGUUACGAAUCCUUAAUUGAUCGGAUAUUGGGUUUAUAAUCCCCACAUUCGCAACGCUAAGGCCAUAAAAUUAUAAAUGAACCGUUUAUUUUCGUAAACGGAUCAAUUUGAAGUUCGUAGACCUGCAAUGUCAAAUAGGGUUCGCUUCGGUAUUGUCAGCCUAUAGCUAAUAGCGGAACACCGAAAGUAGUAAAGGCAAGGUGUAUAGUACAAUUUAGUUAAUACUUAAAAGUUCUGAACAGUCAAAGACAAUCGCAUGCCAUUCAGAAUAAAUGGUUCCGAUAUACGCACUAAGUAGGCUUAUCUCGAUAAUAUAAUACAAUAAAUUAUUAUGAGGCUAAAAGUCGUUAUCAAUAUUAGUAUACUGCACAACCCCGUGCGUUUCCCAACGAGUGUUAUUAACAAAUCAGAGAGGUGACAUUAAGCCGAUGUUUGAGAUUUUAGUUCGGCAUAUUCUACCGAAAGUUUACAUAACCGUUGGUCUUUUGGCGUGGUUUUUACGGGUGGGAUUUUAUUUCUAAAUUUUAUUUUUAUUUUAAGAUGCAGAUUCGAAGGCAAGUUUAGAAAACGUAACGGCAGAUGGCGGCCAUGGAAAUUUUAAAACCUCUCAAGUUAGCGUGCUAAACCACUUACGAGGCAUCGCCCCCAAACAGGCGAAUGAAAUUUACGAAAAAUCCACAUUCACUCAAUUCGCAUCUAUUAAUCGAAGCAAUUCCGGACUAAAUAACGGUAAGAUUUAAAAUUCCUCGAUAAGAAAUCUUAAUAGAUUUAACAUCGUGUGUAAUUAAUACUGAUUUUUGAGAUUUACAUUGUCUAGUUGUCGCAGCAUCCAGCGAAUUUUUAAUCCUUAUGGCGUAUUAUACAAGCCUUUGGUUUUGUUGAAAAUCUGUUUUCGCCAAUAAGUGGGGGAAGGCUUUUACACUAUGCUAAUUUCUAAAAGAAAAUCGAACAGUUUGCAGUGCGGAAUUGUGAACAAGUACAAUUCGCGUGUUUAGAUUUUGCCAAAAUCCACAGGAGAUGCCGAAGCGAUGCAUUUAACCUAUUCCGAGCUUGUAUUGAACUAAAAUAUUUCUUGUUGUCAGGGGUAAAAAAAUAUUCUAAAGAAAAUAACUUAUAUUUUGUUUCAUUAGUUAUAAAAAAUUAUCGAUAAUUCUGCCUUUGCUAUAGUUACAAAUAUUUAUACUUUUAUGUUGGGACUAACUACUGCUAGGUGCAUAUAUGACCAGAUACUUUAUUAAAAUUGUAUCUUUUAUUAAACUCUGAGCUAGCAAUUAAAUUAAACGGUAUUUUUUAUAAAAUGGUGCUCCUCAAGGAUCCAUUUUGGGUCCUCUUCGUUUUCCUACCUCUGUGGAUCACAAUUGUCAGCUACUGUAUUGUAAAAUGCAUUUACAUCAGAUAUCUUAUGUGGUUAUAAGGAUUCUCUGUAGUUUUUUGGCAGAAUACUGGAAUAUGUUGAUACCGCUAUAACUAAAUAUUUUUAUACUACUAUAACUAAAUAUUUUUAUACUUUUAUAAUAAUUUGAAAUUCUGAUGUUGCAAGAGCAACAAAAUGUCAGUUAAUUUUUUUUAGUUUAAUAUUUGUCGAACAGUGGCUAUAGUAUAUCUGUCUUUUAAUUUACUGCGUCCUCUCCGGGCAGUGUCUUGCAGUAAUGGAUAUACUGUUAUCUUCAGUUAUUACUAGGGAGAACAGUCACAACUGACAGAGCAAGUUUAGUUAAAUACAAAGAAAAGAUCACAUUUUUUCAAAGCUGCAAUUCACAAUGGCCUACAUGUUGGGUAUCUUGUGCAAUGUAUUCUAUGGUAUAACGUGGUAUGGUGGACUUGGGGCGCUGUAGCCAAAUGAGUUAUCGACAUAUUAAAAAAGUUCAGGUGGUUCUUUAUUCAGUUCCUGGUUCUAAGCCCUUUGCUCGUUCUCACGUCACCAGCCUCGUAGCCAGGGCUAUAUUUCACUCAGCCACUCGUUAAAACGAGUUUGUCACGUCAUUUGCCAGCAACAUGCAUGGACAAGGUUCAAAAGCUUUACACGACACUCGCACAAGUGUGUUGUCCCUUAAACUACGUCAUAAUUUAGGAACAUCAAGCACAUGCUAUCAAUUAAAGAAUACCAAAUCAUUCCAUGCGUACAAAAUACAAUACAUAGGCACGUGUUUUUAGCUUUUCGUAAGCCAAAUAAGGGAAGUUCCUUAUUUGAUAUCUGUAGACUUGGCGAGAACAAUUUAAGACUGAUAAACCCAUCCAGCAGAAAUAAAUUUAGUUUUUGUUUAGUCUGGCUAUAGUUUUCCUUCUGUGGUAAGAUCAAUAAUAGUUAGAACUGAUAGAGUUAUUCAAUAUAAAUAAAGUUCGUCUAGUUUAGGUUUCCUCCCGUAGUAACACUGGAUAUGGGAUGAUCUUUACUAGACCUCCAGGAAGAACAGUUUAGAACUGAUAGACAGCUAUCAAGUAUAAAUAAAUUAAGUUAGUUUAGUUUAGGUUUCCUCCUGUAGUAACACUGGAUCAAUAAGAGAUGAUCCUCACUGGACCUCUAGGAAGAACAGUUUAGAACUGGUACUGCGAUAGAGCUAUCCAGUAUAAAUAAAGUUAGUUCAGUUUUCCUCCUGUAGUAACACUUACUGGAUAUCUAAGAAUAGCAGUUUAGAACUGAUAAAGCUAUCCAGUAUUAAUAAAUUUAGCUAGCUUAGUUUAGGUUUCCUCGUGAAGUACACUGUCACUGGAUUAACAAGAAUCACAAGCUCCCUAUACUGGACCUCUAAGGAGAACAGUUUAUAAAUGAGAUUAGUUUAGGUUUUUAGUUUAAUGAAAGGCAAGGAAGAACAGCAUGUAACAAAAGGAACUUAAGAUGUUAUACCAUGCACCAAUCAUGCAUCCACCUACGCCUCUCAUCUCAAGCACGCGGUAAAGACCACCUCUAUUGAAGAAAACCUUUUGGCAUGUCAUUUUGUCAGAAGUUAAUUUCGGUUUCGUCCUUUUGUGCGUAAGCAGUUAAGAUGUUGUGACGUCAAUUUGCCACCAAAAGUCUUGCUCUAAUGUCAACAUGCGAUCAAAGCAAGCUCCUACAAUACGACCUAAAUCUUGCAUGCUUUUGUGACUCUUGAAACGAUUAUCACGUUGCAGUCUAAGCGGCUCAGGCCCACGCAAGUACUCAGCUUCCUAACAUUAGAGAACUCUUUCGAGUUAUUAAAAGCUGUAUAAAGUAAAUAUUUUUACCGCGUUUUCAAGUGUUUAAUAUAGCGGUCCCGACACUGAAUUGAACGCGCAGCCGGAUCUUAAGUGCCUUUCUCAAAACAACGCUUUGACUAAAAUACUGAGACUAUAUAAAAACUUAUUGAAACAUACUGAAGGCUACAUAUGAAAUUACUCAACUCUAGUUGUACAUGUGUUUGUAAAAUAAAAUCUAGCUGCAAGAAUCAAUAAAAACCACACACACACUACAAAACUAUGGUGACUGUUUUUUUAGGAAACACUGUUUGACAAUUGAAAAUAAAUCCUUAACAAUUCGAAGCCAUCUUUGUCAUCAUGUCGUAAUUUUUAUCUUUUGUUUAGUUUGAGUUUACAAAUUAUAUUUUGGAAGUCAUACUAAAUUGAACGUUUUCGGAUGCCGGUGCUGCAAAGACUCUGUUUAGGCUUUUGACGAGCAAAUUUAAUUUCUACAAGUUCUCAAAUGUCAUGCAAUUUUCGUUGCCAAUUGCACGUGCGUACCACGUGCAACAAUCAGUUUAUUGAGUUCUUGGUAUAUAGAGCAUGAUUUUGUAUACGGCAAAAAAUCUAUGGACACAAGUGUAUAUAUAAUAUACAUGCGUUUGUAUAUUGGGGAAAACUCUACUCGGAAGCCAUAAGCAUGUACAAGAUUGACACGAACUUUGAAUGUCGUCUAAACGUCUCAUUAAUCUUCAUCCAUCAUGCAAUGUCACGAGAACAUCUGCAAAAGCGAGACAUAAAGAAUAUUUUUGAGCGGAGAAAAUACGCCAAUUGGCAGUUGUAAUGACAAUGUACACACAGGUGUAUAGUACCGAGGUGGGCGUACAAUACUCAAUACAUGGCCAUGGCACAGAAUAGAUACCGGACCAGAAGGGACACUCCUAUGUGUUUUGGCUGAAGGAAAACGUCCGAAAUUUUUUUUCGUGCUAUGACGCCAUCCUGGAGUGCACACGGAACUUUGUACCUAUGUUUUCCUAUGAAAAACUUCCGUGUGCACUCCAGGAUGGCGUCAUAUGAUGGCGUAUUUUCACGUCAGCACUCAACAAAAUAUCGUCUGAGUGACACUUCUGGUUCUGUAUCUAUUCUGUGGCCAUGGGCGCUCACAAUGUACUUAAUAAUCGUAUGCGGACGUGACCGAAAUACAGUUACGUAUGUUUUAUUUUUGGAUUUGUUACCAGUUUAUAGUAGAACCGUCUUCUCUUUUAGGUCCAAACUAUCCACCAAACGACGGCAAUCUUCACUUACAGGACUUUCUGCCGCCCUUUCCCUUUCCUGUGAACCGCUGGCCAAACACGAGAGGACCGCACCUCUUGGACUACUUCACUAAGAAACCUCCGUUCCGCAGUAUGCCAGAAAUCAGAGAAGCAGCCAAAUUUCCCAUCAAGACUAAAAUAACCGAGAAUUCUGCGUACGAGUGUGUGAAAUGCAACAAAGGCUUCGCCACACCCCACGGACUCGAGGUUCAUGUCAGGCGUACACACUCAGGCAGGCGUCCCUACGAGUGUCAGGUGUGCGGGAAAACGUUCGGGCACAGUGUGAGCCUGGAACAACAUGUCAGCGUACAUACCAACGAAAAGUUGUUUUCGUGUAAACAAUGCAACAAAACGUUCAAGCGUUCAUCGACACUCUCCACCCAUAUGCUCAUACAUUCGGAUACGCGCCCGUUUCCCUGCGAAUAUUGUGGCAAGCGGUUUCAUCAAAAAAGUGACAUGAAAAAACACACGUACAUUCAUACCGGUGAGAAACCUCACGUUUGUCAAGAAUGUGGCAAGGCGUUCAGUCAGUCGUCAAAUCUCAUCACUCACAGCAGAAAACAUACUGGACACAAACCGUUCAUCUGUACGAUAUGUUCCAGAGCUUUUUAUAGGAAAGUUGAUUUACGAAGGCACGCAUUCACACAUGAAAAUAUAAAGCGCUCUAAAUUACUGUAAUUCACUAAGAACAAUGGAUUUAGAAAACAUAGUAUAGAAACAGACCUUUCAUUUGUAUAAUACGAUGUUCUACGCCUUUUUAUAGUAAAGUUGACCGAUGAAGGCACAGAAAUCCAG